GAUGGGAGUUAGAAAGGCAGGAGGAUUGGAGCCGGCUGUGGGACAAGAGAAAAGCUGCUGCCUUCAGGCGUUGGUUCGCGGACGAGGUGGAAGAAUUAUGUGGGCAGGAUGUUAAUGAUCAGGUUCUAGAGUACUUUGAUGACUUCAGCACAGACGAGGUUCUUCUAAUGUUUCAAUGGGGCCUCCCGGGGGUGGAAGAGAACAUGACAUACUAUGCAAGUAGGGCAGCCUCCCUCACUUUGCGCCAAGACUGGGAAGAGGAGUUUCACUUCAAGAACGAGAAGAAUGAUCAGACCAUGCCGGCGAUCCACUGCGCGCCAUUUCCAGAGGAAGACUGUGAGGCCUUUCUCUGGGGACCUUUCUUUCGGAAGAAGUUCUACGCUUUGGAGAAGGCCAUCAACGUGCACGAGUUCAUCAGGCGUGAUGCCAACUCCCCGAACUACAUUGUGUCCAGGGUGCACAACCUCGAGGCGACCCAAGCAUUCUUUGACGACUUCUGGAGGGGCACCAUGAUAGAGGUAGUGCAACACGACAUCGUGAACAUGUAUGAUCCAAUUCACCCUGACCACAACCCUGGCUUCUAA